UCCCUAAUACCAGGGUUCUAUCAUACUCUUUUAAUGCCCUCUCCCCUCCCUGACCCCCACCUGCCCACUGCACCCAGCCAGGGACUCUCCUACCUCCAUCUCCGGUUAACUAGGUGCAGCCUCAGUGCCUACAUGUUUGUCAAGAACGUUGAAGGAGCUGAUAUUUUACCGACUUGCAAACAAAUGCAUUAACCUGUCGCAGUUUCAUGAAUGCUGGCAAAACACAUAAGACUCCUGGUGCAGAGACAAAAGACUUUAUUACUCACAGCUCAGCAGGCAGCAUGAGGUUCAUGUUCACAUUGGUUCACCUUGCCCCCCAAAUCCUAUGGGGUGAUCAGAGCAGUCCAGACAGAUGCUGUGCACACAGGUUUGUGCCACUAGUGAGGAACCUGAGCUUAGGAAUCCUCAAUCUUAUAAGGAGGCUGCUUGAAAUCCUGCCCAGCCUCUAUCCCUGAUGGAGAUAUCACCUUUAUCAUCCUGGACUGAAAACAGACCUCCUUGGAGGGACACAUUGUAUUUAUUGUCCCAUACAGUAAACAAAUCUGUUGCAAGAGAGACAUUAUCUUUAUUAUCCAAGACAGUAAGUAAACCUGGAUCUGAGGGAGAUACCAUCUUGAAAGACUGCCUGCUAUAUAAACAUCCUGGAAAGGACAGUCCAGAAAAAAAAAAAAAAGAUAUUAAUGCCUUUGCUCAAAAGACACACAGAAAAAUGAGAGAACCAUGGAGAAUUGUCUCCCAACACUAUUCAGUCUGAACUUUCCACCCUUGUCUGUAGGACAGUCUCAACAUUCCAUCGUUAAACACUUUGUCUACCACAUCCUGCUUCUCCAGGUCUAACCGAGGUUCCAGAUGUGGUGUCCCCACAGUACCCCACUGCCAAACCCAGAAUCCGGGCAUACCGGCGGUGCUCAAGAUCCUGAGGGGGAUAGCUGGGGAUCAGAACGUCUGGGUUUGAGUGGGGAGGGGUUCUGAAGGAGGAAGAGGCUAGAGGUCAAGGUUCUGGGUGAGGAUGAGUGUGGGUUCUGAACUCUGAGGUUCCUGGGGGCAGAGGGAGGAGACUGGCAAAGUCCUAUCUCCUAAGGUACAUGUGGGAAUGGGCUAAGGGACUUUAGGAAUACUGUAUCCCGAGCAAGAAAGGGCUGGAACCUGAGAGACUGAGUUCCCCUUGUGUGUGGUUUGUGACUCCUCAGUCCCUAAGGGGCAGGGGCUGAAACCAUUGGCUCCAGGCCUUGGGGUGAUAGUAAUGAGAUCUCCCGGUCACACAGGAUGGGAGGACCACAAGUUGCCCAUUCUUUGAUUGGUCCACCUACCCCUCACUCCACUUCAGGAUAAUCGCCGCAUGCCCAGCUCUACUAGCAUGUUGAGGAGCACAACCUGCACAUGCGCAGAUGUCCCACAGGCCUAUGGGCUAUACACGCGUCAGCAGCAGCCACACCAUGAGGGGAUUGGCCACUGCCGUGACGUCAUGUUGCUGCGACUAGCCCAGCCAGCGCGCCUCUCCAAGUUAUGUGCCAGCGGUGGAGUUGCCCACAUCUGUGCCCUGGUGGCUGUGGUCCAUCAUGGCUUCGCACAUUGUGGGGGUGUCCUGGUGGACCCCCAGUGGGUGCUCACAGCCGCCCAUUGCAUCAGCCGCGACAGCCAGGUCUGGCUGGGUCGGCACAGCCUGCUUAAGGACAAAGACACCAGCCAGGUGGUCAACGUGAGCCGCAGCUUCCCACACCCGCACUACAAUAUGGGCCUCCUGGAGCGCCGAGUAUUUAGGCCAGAGGACGACAGCAGCCACGACAUCAUGCUGCUCCACCUGUCAAAGCCUGCCAACAUCACAGACACUGUGAGGGUCCUGGACCUGCCCACCCAGGAGCCGGAAGUGGGGAGCACCUGCUACGCCUCAGGCUGGGGCAGCAUACAACCAAAGAAGUUCUUGCGCCCAGAGACUCUCCAGUGUGUGGACCUCGAGCUCCUGUCCAAUGACAAGUGUGAAGAAGCUUACUCUGAAAAGGUGACAGAGUUCAUGUUGUGUGCUGGGCACUGGGAUGGUGAGAAGGACACCUGUUCGGGUGACUCGGGGGGCCCACUCAUUUGUAACGGCAUGCUUCAAGGUCUCACAUCAUGGGGCGGUGAGCCAUGUGCUAAGCCCCGGAAGCCUGCCCUGUACACCAAGCUGUGGACUUAUCAGAAGUGGAUCAAGGACACCAUCGCUGCCAAUCCCUGAGUGCCUCUCUCCCACCCCCUACCUCUAGUAAAAUCGAGUACACAUCAAGUUCUGAAAUCAUCCAGCUUUUCUAAAUGCUGGGUACCUGGAAGCUUGGAACUCACCUGGCAGCUUGGAACUCACCUGGCCAAAGCCAGAGCCACCCCAGUUCUCCUAACCUAUGUCCUCAAGUGCGGAGUCAGGGUCUGACACAGGUGUAGACUAGUGUUCCUCAAACGGUUGUAAUGUUGCCCUCCCCACUCUCUCUCUGGGAACACUGGCAAUGUCUGGAGGAUUCUUCUUACGCAGGAUCUUCAAGGAUACACAUAAGGACACAUAAGGACGUGAGUGGCUGUGUAAUUUGUGUGGUGCAGAGGUAGAGGAGGGGUGGAGUUCACCCUGAGAGAGUGGACAGUGACACCUGGUGGACACCUACAGUGGCCACCGAGCAGAAGCUGGAGGUACAACACACCAGACAUACACACAGUGAGGAUGAAGCUUACAAUAGAAUCCACCUUGUCCUGCGUCACCGGGAAGCCUAGUGAAGGUUGUGAGCAGAGGAGGCGGGGAGUCCUCCUAUCUUGUAGGGAGACAGACUCAGGGAAGAGCCUGGAAUCCCUGGAAGCUGAUCCAUUAAGGGGUGGUAUGUUGGGGGUCCCCCAAACCAGCCUCAGAUUUGAUGAUUUCCCAGUAGUACUCACAGAACUCAAAAGAGCUGUUACACUAUGGCUUAUUGUUGUUUGUCACAGUGACAGGAAACAGAGUAAAAUCAGCAAAGGAAACAGGCAGAUAGGUUGGAGUGCGGGGAAAACUUAGCUUUUCUCUCCCAGUGGAGUGUUAUAGAUGCACCUAAUUCUCCCAGCAAAGUUGUGUGGCAGCACUUAUGAAGUAUUUCAGACUAAGGAAGCUCACCUGAGCUUUGGUGUCCAGAGUUUUUAUUGGGGGUCUGUACAAUGGGCAUGGAGUGCUCGAAUGGUUCAGUCCCCAGUCUCUCCAAAGGUCAAACUGGUAGGGCAUAGCCCAGAGUCCCAGACAUACAAAAA